AUGGAUCAAGAUCCCUGGGAAACAAUUGCUGUCAUUGGCCUAGGUCGACUGGGUGUAUGUUUCUCAGUUGUCCUCGAUGAAGCUGGAUACGAUGUCAUUGGGAUGGACGUGAAUGAAUCUAUCGUGAACUCUGUAAACAGCAGAAAGAACGAUUCAUCGGAGCCGGGAUUAUCUGAAGCUCUCUUGAGAUGCCGAAAGUUUCGGGCCACGACAGAUAUGUCCGAGGCUGUACAGAACGCCAGAGUCAUAUUCAUCCUGGUUCCCACCCCAAACUCUGGUGGUAGAGAUUUCUACAAUCACAGCAUACUGAGCAAUGUACUCUUCAAGCUCAACACGCUCAAGGUCGCCCAUCGACACAUCGUGAUAUCAGCAACGGUGCUGCCUGGGUAUAUCCGAUCGACUGGGAAUUUCCUGAUACGAGAUUGCCCAAACACGACGCUGAGCUACAAUCCUGCCUUUGUAGCACAGGGAGAUAUCCUCGAGGGAUACAAAACAGGCGGAUGGUUUCGGCUUGUGAUGAUCGGACGAGCAAACGAAGAGGUCGGGAGGAUCUUGACGCGCGUGUACGAACGCAUCGCCCCGGCAGACCGACGUCCACACAUCUGCCUCAUGUCGCCAGAAAGCGCUGAAAUAGCUAAGCUCUGCUCCAACUGCUUCCGCACGACCAAGAUCAGCUUCUGCAACAUGGUCGCGGAUCUGGCAGACAAGACUCCUGGGGCAGACAAGCACGAGAUCUGCGCGGCGUUGGGUAAGGACGAGAGCAUCGGGCCGAUAUGCAUGCGGCCAGGCUAUGGUUAUGGAGGACCCUGUUACCCUCGCGACAAUCAGGCGCUGGCUCUAUACGCGAAGCAGGUCGGGGUGAAUCCAUGCAUUCCAGAGGCUACACACAACUACAACGAGUUCCAUCACGACAUCAUGGCGGAAGAAUGCUUGCGAGAGGGAAGAGAAGAAUACGUAUUUGAGGAUGUUACAUACAAGCCUAGGUGUGCAGUGGCGAUGAUCGAUGAAUCGCCAAAGCUCCGUGUGGCAUAUGCGCUGGUGAAAGCAGGAAAACGCGUCAUCAUCCGAGACCGGCAAGCGUCGCUGGUAUGA